UCAUUUUUCAAAGGUUAGUUAGAUUCAUUAUUUUAAAAGCAUGGUAGUUUUAUUUAUUUGAUUUUUAAAAAAUAAUAGAAAAUUAUUUGACCAAUAAAAACCCUAAAACUGUAUCUUCCUCCAUAGAUCUCAAAGUUCCAAGAAUGGCCCAGAGCUCCGACGAUUGUGAAGUCUGAGUGGGUUAUAGCCGAAUUGAAGCAUUUGAAGUUUCUACUCAGAGUUCAUUUUGCAUUUCAUGAGGUUCCAUCAACAUAUGUAAGUUUCACGCUUCAAUAAUUGUGAAGUUUCUAAUUAAAUCACUUUGUUGGUGGAAACUGAGCCUUUGGGAAGUCAUUUUAUAAUUGUAGUUAGUGGAAACGAAGAUUGAGGGAGAGAGAGUGAGAGAACAAAUUCACUUUUGUUUAGACAAUUGGUGAUGUAGAUAUAUAAAUGAUCACCAUAAGUGUAGUAUGAAGAGGAUAAAGUUUCCAAAGCGUUACUGGAUUGUUAUUUUGACCUUCAUCUGCACGUCUGUUUGCUAUAUUGAACGUGUGGGCUUCUCAAUUGCAUAUACCGUUGCAGCUGAUGCUGCGGGAGUAAAUCAAUCUAGCAAAGGCAAAAUACUUUCUACAUUCUAUUAUGGAUAUGCCUGUUCACAGGUGCCUGGAGGUUGGGCAGCCCAAAAAAUCGGGGGAAGGAAGGUUCUUCUUUUCUCAUUUGUAUUAUGGUCGAUGACUUGUGCAUUAGUUCCACUAGAUCCCAAUUUAGUGGGAACCUUGGUGAUUGCGCGACUGCUUGUUGGUGUGGCACAAGGGUUUAUCUUCCCUUCCAUUCACACAGUUCUGGCACAAUGGGUUCCACCUCAUGAAAGAUCCAGGUCUGUUUCUCUCACAACCUCUGGCAUGUAUCUUGGGGCAGCUGCAGGAAUGCUUUUCCUUCCAAGCCUUGUCAAAUUUAGAGGUCCCCAAUCGGUUUUUCUUGCUGAGGCAGCAUUAGGUGGUAUGUGGUCUAUGCUUUGGUUCGCAUAUGCCAGUGACCCACCUCGUUCUGAACAUCCUAAAGCCACAGCUGCUGGAUUUGGGGAAUCUUUGUUACCAAUUAAAGGAAGCCAAAAGUUGAAAGUGGAGAAUGGAGGAAAUUCCGCUAGAAAUUCCAAGAUCCCAUGGAAGAGAAUUAUCCUUAGCUUGCCAGUUUGGGCAAUUGUGGUAAAUAAUUUCACCUUCCACUAUGCCUUAUAUGUUUUGAUGAAUUGGCUGCCCACUUACUUUGAAUUAGGUCUCAAACUUAGCCUUCAAGAGAUGGGUUCUUCCAAGAUGAUGCCUUAUCUCAACAUGUUUUUAUUCUCUAAUAUUGGUGGUAUGUUAGCAGACCACUUUGUCACUAAGAGAAUCUUGUCCGUGACCAACACCCGAAAAUUCUUGAAUACCAUAGGGUUUGUAGUUGCUUCUCUUGCUUUGAUGGCGAUUCCUAUGUUUAGAACGUCUAAUGGAGCUGUACUAUGUUCUUCUGUGGCGCUUGGUUUCUUAGCUCUCGGGAGAGCUGGUUUUGCUGUGAAUCACAUGGACAUUGCGCCAAGAUAUGCAGGUAUAGUGAUGGGAGUUUCAAAUACUGCUGGAACAUUAGCUGGAAUUAUUGGAGUUGAUUUAAGUGGCAAGCUAUUGGAAGCAGCCAAAAGUAUCGAUUCAGAUCUUUCGAGUCCGGAAAGUUGGAGAAUGGUGUUUUUUAUACCAGGGUUACUCUGCAUUCUAAGUUCUGUUGUGUUCGUACUAUUCUCUACAGGGGAAAGGGUUUUUGACUGAGCUUAAGUAUGUUACAUGCAAAGCCUCUCACUUUUGAAAGGUGAUUUUAUCACUUUGGGUUAUUGAUAUAACUUAAAGUAAUCGGCAUAAAAGUUGGUGGCUAUAAAAGAGAAUUCUUCAUUCUUUGAUACAUUUUGCUGCAUUAUUUUGUAUCUCACAAUACCAAGGGUUUGUAGGAUUUGGAACAUGUAAUAUUCUUUCUUUUUUUCUUUUUGUGAAAUGUUAAGCUUGUAAUUUAAUUUAUUUGACCACACUGAAAAUAAAUUAUUUCCCUAAAUGCAUAGUUACAUGUAGGAUUUGGAACAUGUAAUUUAUUAGGACUCUAGUUGUAUGAUUACCAAGACCUCUGUUUAGUGGACCAUAAUCACAUUUUAUAAUUACCCAUGCUUUUAUAGUCCACAUUUUCAUGGCA